AUGACGGAGCCAGAAACUAUAGAAGAUUUUUUUGGAGUUUAUUUAUUAUAUUGUAACAAUCCAAAAUAUAAAGGUAGAACGUAUAUUGGAUACACCAGAGAUCCAAACAGAAGAAUUACUCAACAUAACCGAGGGACUUGGGCUGGGGGAGCUCAUCGAACAAACAACAAAGGUCCUUGGAAGAUGGUGAUGAUAAUACACGGCUUUCCAAACAACAUAUCAGCAUUGAGAUUCGAAUGGGCGUGGCAGAAUCCAAGUAAGACAACCAGACUGCAGUAUUUGAAUUUAAGAAAGAUCCCAAGAAAAGAGACUGAGUAUCAGUUUAAAAUUCGCGUGCUUUCGGAGAUGCUGCGCGUUGGACCUUGGAAUCGGCUACCUUUGGUGAUACGUUGGCUCGAAGCAGACCUGUGUCUAGCCUUUCCCCCUGGCAAGGAGCAUCCGUCACAUAUGGUAGUGAAACACGGUCCCGUUAAAGCGAAACCUCUCAAAAGUAACCACAAAGACGCAGCACCGACAUCGACCUACGUGGAAUGUCUGCUGUGUUCGGGCUAUCUGAAUUCUGCAGAGAGACUGACGUGCUUGAAUGCGAACUGCGAUCUGGCAACACAUGUGACAUGUCUGGCAGAUUUGUUUCUAGAGCCCGGCGAGUUCGUGCCUAUAGGCGGUAAAUGCCCGUUCUGUGAUACCGAGUUGCUGUGGGGCGAUUUGAUAAGGAAGUUGAAAGGGUGCUCCCAGGGCUCAUCUCACGUCUCGCCUGACGACGAGGAGUGUGAAGAGGACAGAUGCGAAGAAGACGCACUAUGCUCGCAGGAUGGCGCCUUCGUUGACAAUAAUUCCUGGUUUCUAGACCGUCAAGAUUUA